AGACUGAAUGAUGGAAUACGCUUGUCGAAGUACCCUAGCCUCUGGGACGGAUAUUUUAACUACAUCGGACGGAGUACUGACCAGUACCUCCUCCCCACUGGUUUCCUCAACAAGCAGAAACACAAACUCUGAACACCUAGUCUCGACUGUUAACGGUUCAAUCCCAGUUUCCAGCGGAGAGAACUUACCCUCAAACGAUCUGCUGUUAGCCCUCGCCCUCCUCCAGGGGGACACGUCAUCUCUUGAGAACAGAGGGAUGGACCUGACACCGCUCCAGAAGCUGCUACUUCACCAGUUAUCUACUCGGCCUGUCAUGAACAAAGUCGGAAAGGCUGGCCCUCUUUGGUCCGGAAUCGGCGUUUCACCGAAUCCAGCCCCCGUGGGACACAUAAAACCACUCCUGUCUUUUCUGGACCCAGUUACAAUUGCUUUGAACACAUCCCAGCCAAAAGACAGAGCUGGUCAUGGCAGGAGGGGUCGACCACUGGGCUCGGUUGGCAGAAGGAAGCUCCUUGAAAAUAACCAGGAGACGCUGACCACUGAACUGAGGUGUGAACUAACCCAACCAGCCACUCCUGAAACCGAGGCUCGAAUCGAGAUGAUCAAACAUAGGCUUCAGGAGAAUGAGUUAAGACUGAGAAAAUUGAACGAAUCAAAGAAUUCAAUGUCACGCUCGGUUGCUGGAGAAAAGAGAGACAGAGUAACUGCAAAUCACUGCUCCGUGAACAUAGCCCCAAAACCGUGUGAUGGAAGAGGAGGGAUAGCACAUAACUACCCAGCUGUAGUCGAGUCACCUUGCAAGCAGCUCAAAUUGGAGGAGAAGAAGAUUGAGCCGAUGAUAAACUUGGUAGCGAGCUCGUCCUACCCCACCCAUACUUCUGCCACCCCACAGAUAUCCACCUCAUACGUCUCCUCAGCAGCCAGUUUCCCUGAGUCUGGAAUUUCAAUGGUACCAAGAAUCUCUCUGGCAAAUCUCUCGCCACCAUCCCAGCGGAACAACCUCCUCAAUCAGCCACCUAUGAUGUCAACAUCGCAAGGAAGCAGCUUCACUUCCCUUUCCUCCACCACCUACCUACCACCCUCCUCCUCCCUUCUCACCCCUCCUUCCUCCUCCCUCUUGACGCCACCUUCUCGACUCUUCUCUCCUCUCGCCCCCUCCCUCUCCAACUCCCUCUCCAACUCCCUCUCCACCUCCCCUAUCUUCCCUUCACAUCCGUCUCUAAGCGGGAGCUCACUCAUGGUCCCACCUCUCCUUCCACCCUCCCUGAACUACGGCACCGGACAACGGUCCCUCCUGGAGCAGAUAGUCAGCUCGAUAACCUCCACUAACCAGAGGAGAGUGGAACCUUCUCCUCUCCUCCUCUCCAGGAACCAGGACACCGCUCUCACUCUUCUCAACCGACAAAAACUCGUGGAGUCGCGUCAUAUGAAGUGUUUGACCUGCUGCGGCGAGAUCAACCCCAGCGUCAGCAUCUUCCCUUUCAUGUGUGUGAAGUGCACUCUUAAAAAGGUGUUCCCGGAAUGAAAUAAGACUGAAGUAAGACCUCUUGAAGACUUAUCUAUUCAUUGGUAAAUGUCAAUUAAACUGACUGCUUUAUGUUGGACAGCAGUAUUUCUUGAGGAGAAGAAUAAUAAGUUAUAACGAAUGUUUAAUGCUAUUUGUCAGUGUAAGAUUCAAUAUUGGAUUUUGAAGUAAUUAUAUUUCAAUUUGUCAAUUGUCUGCAAGUAUUAAGAUUUUUAACUAAUAUCUGCCAAUUUGGCGAAAAUAUUUGGAAACAGAUCUUCUUAGGAGUAUGAGCAAAGGGAAAGGAAUGGCUAUUAUAGCAAUUAUGAAUACUUCAUUCUAUUCAAUUAUUGGAAAAAAUGUGGCUGCCUUCCUCAAAUAAGAACAUUAUCGACUUCAGCCGGCAUUGCCGACAGUUUUAAUAGAAAUAUUAUAGAGCUAGCUUCUAUAGUUGCGUUAAAGUGGGUCUAAGUUUAGUCUAUAAGCUGUCACAUUCAGAGGUUUCAUGUGUCAAAUGCUAUAUAUCCAGGUCACCACUUCACUUGAUGAAAUGGGGUGUUUUUUGACAGAACUAAAUCAAUAAUCAGCAAUAUAGGCCAUCGAUAUUACCUGCUCCUGUCACAGAAGCUAUCGUUCUUGACAUGCUAUAUAAUCUUUUAGUAUGUUUCGCAAGUCUUUUUUUAUUAAAAUAUGUUACGUCGGAUAGUAUGGACUUAUUCUUGAGCAGAGAAGAAGAUAUGGCAGCUGCAAUAUAUUGAACCUUUUAUUGACAAAUUAUUAUGUAAUAUUAAGGUUUUACUGCUCAAGCAAAGGGCUAUAAAUCGUGUUACGGCCCUCUGGUAGUGUCAGUGCACAAAAGAAUUUGAGCAUUGAUAUUGAAAGAUAUAUAGAAUUGAGAUGAAUAUGUUAUUUUGAAAAUUGUACUAUAUUUGCUGAUGUUAUUUAUCAUUGCUUGUUUGGAAAAAUUUAU